AACCCAGAAAAAGCAAAAGAGUUCCAUGUUUUUCGCUGCCAUUUCCAAAGCCGAUUCUACUUUAGAAAUUUUGAUACAAGUAAAGUAAUAGAAUCUUAAAGGAAAAAAAAAAGGCUAAAAAAGCUAACUUUUUUAUUUUCUUUCUAUUGUUCCUUCUUUACUCUGGGUUCUUUUUUCAAAGCAUAAAAACCUAAUUUCUAACAGAGCAGCUGCAACUAUCAUCACCCAUGGCGGCACCGAUCUGGGUAUGGGCUUUUUACGUAGCCCUAACUCUAUUUCCUUCCGUUUUGGGAAACUCAGAAGGCGAUGCUCUUUAUACUUUGAGAAGAAGCCUAUCGGAUCCGGAUAACGUGCUCCAGAGCUGGGAUCCCACCCUUGUUAACCCUUGUACUUGGUUCCACAUCACUUGCAAUCAAGAUAAUCGAGUCACUAGAGUAGAUUUAGGUAAUUCAAACCUAUCUGGACAUUUGGUACCAGAGCUCGGGAAGCUUGAGCAUUUGCAGUAUCUGGAGCUUUACAAAAAUAACAUUCGAGGAACCAUCCCUACUGAGCUUGGCAACUUGAAGAGCCUUAUCAGUUUGGACUUAUAUAACAACAACAUCUCCGGCACCAUUCCUCCUUCACUCGGGAAACUUAAGUCUCUUGUAUUCUUGCGGCUUAAUGACAACAGGUUAACUGGACCUAUCCCUAGGGAGCUUGUUGGUAUUUCAAGCCUCAAAGUUGUCGACGUCUCAAACAAUGAUUUGUGUGGAACAAUUCCUACCAGUGGUCCAUUUGAGCACAUUCCUUUGAACAACUUCGAGGAAAACCCUCGUCUCGAAGGCCCGGAGUUGUUGGGGCUUGCAAGUUACGACACAAACUGCUCGUGAAGAAACCGAUUGAUGCUACAAAAGUUUGGAAUUUAAAUAUGUAGUCACAAGAUUUUUAAGUGUAUUAUCAGAGUAUAAUGGGGUAAUUGUGGAAAUGCAAUCUGGUAUAAGUAUCUGUAAAUCAGAAUUUAUUAGCAUAUGUAACAAAAACUAUCAUGCUCUUCCUAUGAUGUUUUCAGACAAACUAGUAUUUGAUGUAAUGGUAGCGACAAGGUUACUUCUUGCGUGCA